CGUGUCGUCCUUUUUUUAUUACAAACUUAACAUGCCACCUUCAAAAUCAAUAAACUGCUACAAGGUACUAAUUCUAGACAAGGAGACAGCGUCAAUUGACGAUGUAAAAAAGGCAUACCGUAAACUUGCCCUCCAAUACCAUCCAGACAAACAACCCUUUGACUCAACCGAGGAACAAAAGCAACAAGCUACCGAAGCCUUUCAAAGCCUGGGCAUUGCCUAUUCUGUUUUAAGUGAUCCUAAACGUAAAGAACGAUAUGAUAAAACAGGAAGUAUCGAGGAAGGUGAAUUCGAAGGCGAUAAGGACUGGAGCGCUUAUUUUAAAGAGUUAUGGACUGGUGUGGUUACUGCGGAAACAAUCGAUGCUCAAAAGCUCAAGUACCAAGGUUCUAAAGAGGAGGAAGCGGAUUUAAUGAAAGCAUACAAAAAAUUCAAUGGAAGCAUGGAUAAAAUACUCCAAGUAGUAGAGUGUUCAGAUGCAUCGGAUGGCCAAAGAUUUGAAAAAAUAAUUCGUGCAGCAAUUAAAGAAAAGACUGUGACUUUACUUAAGUCGUUUGAAACUACAACCACAGCUAAGGCGCAUCAAAUUAGACUUGAUGCAGAAAAGAAACGAGCGUUAGAUUAUGAAGUGCGUUGUAAAGGAAAGAAGGAAAAAGAGACGGGGUCAUCUUCUCUUACGGAUCUAAUCCAACAAAGAUCGAAGGAAAGACACGCAAAAAUGAACAGAAUUAUUGAAUCAAUCGAGUCUGCAGCAAAAGAUGAAGCAGCAGAAGAUAAAGGAAAAGGCAGAAAGAGGAAGAUAAGAGAUGAUAGUAUGCCUAGCGAAGAAGAAUUCUUGAAGCUCCAAGAAAGCAUGUUCAAGAAUAAGAAGUCAAAGAAAAACUAAAAUCAACACAGGCAAUAUAUUUUUAAUUAACAUCUUUAUCAUGCAGAGGUAAAUAACACAGUGUACCAAGGCUCGAACAAGCAGCAAAAUAAAGCAACUACUUGUAAGGAUAAAUACAUAUCCCGAAAAUGAAUAAAACAUUUAAAAAGUUCAAGCUCAUACCGUAAACAAAUUAUACCAUAGCAUUCGCUUAUGAUG